CAGUGGGAAGGAAGAAUGGGAUUUUUCACGGAAGACCUCAACAUGCCCAAACUGAGCUCCCUGGGCAAGCUGUGCGGUUCGAGCCACAGCGAUGACAUCAUUAUUCAGGACCAGGUCAAGCACAAGAACUCUGUGCGCCGCAUGUCAAUCAAUAAGGAUGGAAACGUGGCCGAGGUGCUUUACCUCAUUCCCAAACAGUCAAUGAUGGAACAACUGCCCUUCCUUGACCCUAGAGAGUACCUGAUCCUGGAGAGGAUGCCACCUUCUGAUAUAGGAGCUGUGGCCCAUCCUCAGGAAGCCCACCGGCCCCCAGAGAAACUAGUCAUCCAGUGUUACAAAUGCGGGGAGCCAUGCAAGGGGGAGGUACUGCGUGUGCAGAGCAAGCAUUUCCACAUCAAGUGCUUCACCUGCAAAGUUUGUGGCUGCGACCUGGCGCAAGGUGGUUUCUUUAUGAAAAAUGGUGAAUAUCUGUGCACGCUGGACUACCAAAGGCUGCAUGGAACUUGCUGCCAUGGAUGUGGGAACUUUGUUGAAGGGGAGGUGGUGACGGCCCUCGGGAAGACCUACCACCCCACCUGCUUCGUUUGCACCAUCUGCAAACGGCCAUUUCCUGCUGGAGACCGCGUCACCUUCAAUGGAAAGGACUGUCUCUGCCAGCGCUGCAUCCAGCCAAUGUCUCCUCCUCCCAAAGACAUCAGUGCUUCCAGCAACUGUGCAGGUUGUGGCAGGGACAUUAAAAAUGGACAGGCUCUGCUAGCUUUAGACAGACAGUGGCAUCUCGGGUGCUUCAAAUGCAAGGCCUGCGGCAAAGUGCUGAGUGGCGAGUACAUCAGCAAGGAUGGUGCACCAUACUGCGAGAGAGACUACCAGAUCCACUUUGGGGUGCAGUGUGAAGCCUGUCAUCAGUACAUAACAGGGAGGGUUCUGGAGGCAGGCGAUAAACAUUACCAUCCCAGCUGUGCACGAUGCAGCCGGUGCAACCAGAUGUUCACAGAGGGGGAGGAGAUGUACCUGCAAGGCUCUACAGUGUGGCAUCCAGAUUGUAAGAGCAACAUCAAAGUAGAAGAGAAGUACAGGGAAGCGCGGCAGAGACCUGGCAGAAAGCCCCGCCCUUUUGAUAUCUUUUUGCCCCAGUCUAAGUGUGAGUCUCAGUGUAAGACGAAGGGCCGGGGUGGCUCUGCUCGAGGCGUACGUCCCCUGCGCAGGACGGAGCUUCUCCAUCCCUCUGUAACCUCCCUGCACAAAUCAGAAAGGCAGCCCACAAGGUCUUCGUCGGAGAGUAUCUGUUCUCGGCCGGGUUCCAGCAUCCCUGGCUCACCUGGUCACACCAUCUAUGCAAAAGUAGACAAUGAGAUCAUUGAUUACAAGGACCUAGCAGCCAUCCCCAGAGUCAAGGCCAUUUAUGACAUAGAGCGUCCAGACAUGAUAUCCUACGAGUCUCUGCACUCCACCUCAUCUACCCUGGAGAGACAGGGCAGACACAGCCCUGGAGAGUGCCAGAGUACUAAAGGUGACCAAUCCCCCAUCAGAGGCCAUAUUAAAACCAUGCCACAAGACCCAUCUCCCAUGUCAGCUGAGACUUCACCAAGAACCCUGUCUCCCACCCCGUCUGCUGAGGGUUGUUAUGACAUUCGAGAACGCAUUAUGCAACGAUCCACCAGCCAGGGUUCCAUUGGCUCCCCAAUGUACAGCAGACACAACUACACACCUACACUGUCUAAGACACCGCAGCACUUCCACAGACCAGGAAUGCUGAAGCUCUGCUCCUCUUUGCGCUCCAGCACCAGUGACAACCGUCCCACUUCCCCUUUCCGACAUCACUUCCUCCCCCAUAACAAAGAUUCUUUCUGCAUAGGUACUGAGCCGUCGAGUGGCCGGAGUUCUCCUUUGUCCUCUCGCUCGGCCACCCCGACCCUCUGUCUGACCCCUAAACAUUUCCACAUACCAGACCAAGGCAUGAACAUGUACAGAAAGCCACCAAUCUACAAACAACAUGAUUCAGCUGCCCUAGCAGCCCAAAGCAAGUUUACUGGUGACAUCAUCAAAUCUUCCAAGUUCCCUGCUGCUCAAGCUCCUCAGCCGGAUGAAACAGCAAAGAUUGAGACUGACCACUGGCCGUGUCCUCCCUCCCUUGCAGCCCUAGGCUCAGAUAUGAGGAGUCGCUCUCGAGAUGAAGAGGAGGAAGAACAGUUCAAACGAAGACAGCUCCAAGAAGAUCAUCUUAGCAAGAUCCAGUCUGGUCUUGGGAAGCUAAUUUUGAAGGAGGAGAUGGAAAAGGAAAUGAACAGGGAGAGAUAUGCUCGCAGUGUGGCCGCCCAGCGGUACGAGUCUCAGCACUUCAACUACACAACAGAUCCCAACUCUCCCACGUCUAAAACCUCUUCACUGCCAGGAUAUGGACGCAACGGCCUUCUUCGGUCAACAGAAUUCUCUCAGUAUAACAGUUACGGGGAUGUGUGUAGAGGACAGAGAGAUUUCAAGCUCGCCCAAGAUGGCCAGGUUCCCUUAAGCAGAAUGGACAGGGGAUUGUCAAUGCCUAACAUGUUGGAACAUAAAGUGUAUCCCUAUGAAAUGCUCACUAUCACCAAUAGAGGGCGUACUAAGCUACCGAAGGACGUGGACAGGACAAGACUGGAGCGUCACCUGGCUCCUGAAGUAUUCUUUGAUGUCUUUGGAAUGGAGAUCCAGGAGUUUGACAAGCUUCCUCUUUGGAAGCGCAAUGAUAUGAAGAAGAAAGCCAAGCUUUUUUAGCCAGGACAUUGUGCAUGUUUUAAUUUAUCAGACACUCCAAUAAUGUAUUAUAGCUGUAGUUUUCUGAUUUGCUUUUCCUUUGUUUCCUUUUAUUCUCCCUUUUUUGUUUGCUUCCAACAGUCUGAUACACAUGGACAUAAAGUACUUUUUUGAUUCAAAACAAAGACAACACCUUUUUUAUCCCAAGGCAGAGUUUUCAUUUGAGUAGGUUUAAAGUGAACUGCGAUCAAACCACUCUAGAGAGCAUAUUAGUGAGGACUGGUUAUUAUCUCUCACAUUUAACUAACAUGAAACCUGACUUCCGAGCAAAGCUUUCUUGCCUUGCACUCCUUCCUGCCCUCUCAUAAAACAGGACUGUAAUCUUUUUUGGGGGAAAGUGGUGGGGGGCAGAAGGCUAUCUGCAGGGUUCUUCCUCUAAACAGGCUAUUAAGGUGAUGGAAAUGGAGGAGCUCCAGAAGCUCCCCGCUGCUGUGGCCCUAACGAGGGCCUUGAUGUUUGUUAAUGGGGGGAAGUUAGAACUUCUGUCGGUGAAUGAAGAUGAGAGGCCUGGGCUCCACCUGUGGUGGGGAAGGCCUUAACAGACCAUCCAGGCUUCUGGAACUUAUUAGAACCUGAAGAAACAGAAAGACACAUCUGCUCUAACGCUCCUCCCAACCAUCUCUCUCAUUCAUCAAGCUAUGGCUUAGCAUGAUUUCUCUACAGUCAUAAUCUCUACUUUCUUAGUUUUAUGCUCUUUUGGUAGUUCCCUUUUAGCCCCAUUAACUAUUUUUGUAAUUUAAAACAAACAGAAAUAUUGCAUUUGACAGCUGGGGUGCAGGUAAUGUUAUGGAAAUGUUAGGGAACAAAAGCCAACCUCCUCCUUCCUCUGAAAAAAGCUUUUUCUUCACCACUGGAGGUCAGGCUUGUGUCAUUAGGAAUACUUGAGCUCAUCCUACUUUUCAGGCCCCUCCAUCACUGGAAACUGACAAUCCUCUCCUUCUGACCACUACUAACCUGCAAUAUAUGUUUUAGCAACAUAUCACUUUGACUAAAUUUACAUUUAAAAAGAAACACCUUUGAUAUUUCUGCAUUUUAUAAAGCUGAAGUAUUUUAAACUGCCACUGUAUUGCUGGGAGACUGAUGGAGCCGUAGCCAUAGAAUGUGUGUCAGAAGUAGGUUUGAUAGCAGGGCCAUAUCUGUCAUUACGUAUAAAGCUGCCAGACAGUGUUGUUCCCAUGUCACUGGAUGUACGUGCAGUAGAGGUGUUUGGCUGUUGGUGACCGUUAAUUCCCAGCAGUUUCCUGGGUUAUCUGCAGGGUUAAGGACCGAGGACUAGGAAAUAAAAAAAAUACUGGGUUUAUAUCACACAACAAAAAGGUGAUGAGACUAUGGUGUUGAAAUUCUGGUUUUGAUACCCGUCAUGACAAUGAUGUAAAAACUGAAAUGAGUAAUAAAACUCUGCUUCAGAUAUUUA